AUGUUCGCCGUGUGCAGCACGCCGACCGAUCCCACCAAGCGACCACCGAAGGCUCCUCAGAAGAGCCUCUGCGCUGGUUUGCGGCGCAGGUCGUUCGUUGCGUGGUGGUUGGUGUAGUGUUCCUUUCUUCUGCUGCGCGCGGGAUUGAAUCCGCGCGGAUGGUUGUGCGUCGUCUGCUCUCGUGAAGUGCUUUGUUUGUGGUGACGUUGCCGUCUGUUCGGGGGCGACAAAAGAGGCAGCGGUCGUCGGAUAUAUACGCACGUCCGACGUUGCUGCGAGAGUUGUGGAGAUGGCCCGGCGGCGACCCGAUUCGUCAAUGACGGCUCUCUGCUGACACGGCGUCGACAUGGAAUGUAACAGCCCCGGAAGGCCGCCUCUCUUGGGUUGGCCCUCGGUGUCGAACUCGUCGGUGCGAUGGGUGCUGUGCGCUGUAUUUCUUCUGCUCGCUAUGGGACAGUGUGUCGUCUGCAACGACGCCGGCUGUGACUGGGAUGGCAGUGGUCUCAGGUCUUCGGACGCUUCGUCGGCGAGGUCGUCGCACCGGUGGCUCAAGUCGCGCUCCGUGGUGCCGGUGUACCUGCGCUGCGACCAGGGCCGCGUCACGUGGAAGUACCCGCGCGGAGCCCUGCGCGUCCUGCUCCGCCUGGGCGGAACCGGAAGCGGGGGCGCCCGCGACUUCCGGGCCUGCAUCAAGAUCGACGCCAACUCGACGGGCGCCGCGGUCCAUCUGGAGGGCCACCGCAAGCUCAUCCCUAUACACAAGGGUCAGUCAUCGCCGCGCGGAGCAGACGACGACGAAGUGCGGCGCUGCUUCACCUCUUACAAGGGCCAGGUGGCACUCUUUCUGGAGGCCACGCCCGAGACCAAUCACCUGCUGAGCAGGGACACCUUUCGCCUCUGGUACCACCUCACGCCAGUGAUGUCGCAGCGGGACCUCGAGGACGAAUUGGCCGAAUGCAGACCGUGUACGGACAGGGAACUCCUGCAUCACUACUGCUCCAGCGAUUUCGUUGCGGAAGGCGUGGUGGCUUCCCUGAGGCAUGUGCAUCGGCGCGACGUCACCGAGAUCACGGUGUCCGCUUCACGCGUCCACAGGGAUUCCAUCGAGGAGCCCGCAUUCCUGCCCGGCAACGACAGGAAAAUGGCGGCGGUGCUGCACCGCCCACUCAAGUGUGGCACCCGCGCCGGAAGCGGACACUUCUUGUUCAUCGGCGUACAUAUGCUGGGAAAGCCCACAAUGCGCUGCGCGCCCAGACUUCAGUACUGGAGGAAGCUGAGGGACCGUGCUACGAGAGACGGGACGAGCAUGUGCACCCUGCUCUGAUCAUCAGCGGAUCGUGCCAAAAGGAACCGUCGAGCUGUUUCGUCAUCUGUGACACUCCAUGCGCUGGCUACUGGACUAGCCGCAUCCGAUUUCCGAGCGUCCGUGACGGAAGCGACAGCAGGUGUCGUCUGCUUCAAACAGCGGCCUACGUGCACUGCCAGGUUUCGGAGGCCACGCUCCAACAUUGCAGGCGUCCGCGAAAAGAUCGUCUGGAGAGAUUUAACCUUAUCCUGGCAUUCCCCGACGGGUACGGCUGGAUGUGCCGUCUGCUCCGCAACAUCAACGACGAAGACCUUCCGUAACUGACUUCUGCUUUUCGAACGUGCCGUCUCCUGAGGUGGUGAAACGCCUGCUUCUCUUCACCACGAGGGAAGCUUCUGGAUAUGGCUCCGGCUUUCCUAACGGCCGAAGCGGAAAGCUUUGGAUGUUUGGAACACCGACGAGGAAAACAUCUGAAAAGAUGACCUCUGCUGUUGCAAAACCCACGCAUUGUCUCAUUGAUUCGUUAUUGGUGCAGCUUGGUGCUUUUCUAGACGUCUGUUCUCUGACGUUAUAAACCAGUGUUUGACAACGAACUGCGUGCACCCGUGUCAAAAGUGCGCGCCUGAUUGUUACGAUGAUUUGAAAAGUUUAUGUACUGUAUGUAUCUACGUGCAAGGAUAGGAAGGACAAUUAUUUUGGAAAGCACUGGCAAAAGUCAAUACGGCGAAGUUUUGUGUGUGUGUGUGUGUGUGUGUGUGUGUGUGUGUGUGUGUGGGCAUCGUACGGCUUGUUGCCUUCAGCGUUCCACACCGUCUGUAUUUCUCGGUUCAUAGCCUCCAGUAUUUUUGCAAUGCCUUCAAAGUCGCUCCGUAUUGCAUGGGAGGCACUGGUCUACUGUGGCGGAGCCACGUACCGUUUCGUUAUUUCGACCCUGUUGCUAGAGCAUGUACAACUUUUACUGCGCUCCCCCGCUUUCGCAUGACGUGCGAUGACAAGAACGUUGACGUGACCCUUAUCUUGCCCCAUAUACUGAUCAUCUACUUAAAGCCCCUUAAGCUUCGUAAAGUAGUGCCACGCCUUGAAGAAUGCCGCCUCCUCCUCGCGCGCUCUGGCCGAGGCCGACGCCGCGUCGCUGUUGGCCUAAUAGCAUCACGUGGGCCCUCACGCCGUGCAUCAGCGCCAUUUUUGCUCGAGAAGUGUCUACUGAGUGGCGAGGAGCGCAUGUUGGCGGCGUUGCUAUGCUCGAGCAGUUUAGGCGGCGCCACGGUCGAGGAGGCAGCGUGAAAGAGAGGAGAAACGAGGAGGAGAGUGUCGCUACUCUACGAAGUUUAAGGGGUUUUACAUCUACUGGAAAAGCUGCGCCCUCUCAGUAACCCCUUGUUUUAGCGUCACUGUGCAAAUAUUGAAAAAAGAAAAAUACCGGAGGCUAUGCUUUGCUGCUCCGCAAUAUGAUCCGCCAAAUGGACUCGUAACAACAGUAUAAUUAUUAUGGUAUACUGUAUAGCUUUCUCUAACCGAGUUUUAGCGUAGCCAAGCGGAUUUUUAAGGCAGCUGUGUUGCUGCCUACUUAUCGCCCGAUUUAUCAGUGCCAAAGGUGCUGCUAAGUGUUGCAGAUUGCCAGGUCUUACCUGCUUUUUCAGAAGAGCAGCCCAGGCGACCGAGAUACUACAAAAGUGCAAUGUCAGCGUGUAAAUACCGAACUAUACAGAUUCUUAUGUAAAUAUUUCCACGUGAAGGAGGCGAAAGCGUAAAGAUUAGAAAGGCGGAAGUGUACAGGAAAAUAUAUAUAUUUUUUGCGCUUGCGGCAAUUUUUGUAAACUUUUUAUUAACGCCGGCUUGGCAACGUUGCUGAUCUCUCAUUGUUCUGCUGUCGUAGAAAUGUACUGAAGGAAAAGUUCGUGGCAAGUACGAUUGUGUUUGGCUUUUGUCCGUAAUGCGCACCGUCGCUUACUGCGUUAACCUGGUGCUAUAUUUUUCUUGCUUGACUGGUGCAAUCGGGCCAACCUAGCCAUUUGUUCAGAUUCCAAUGGAAUGAAUUUGUUUGACUUAAUGCCUGAAUUUUUCUCGGAACACAAGCAAAAGAAAAGUAUGCAUGUAAGCAAAGGGGGCAAAAAAAAGAAGCCUGCCUUUAGUAAACGUGGCCCAAUAACGCUUGUUGCAUAGUGUGCCUAUGUAGAUACGAACGAUGAUGUACAGCGCUAUGUAUCAUACUGUAGAUAGUCCAGAAUAAAGUACGUGUUGUUGCAGAA